CAAUAACUUCCACAAUUCCAUUGUCGCGCCCCGCAACGAAAACUAUGCCAUACGCGCCUUACGGCUGCAACCCAUAUCGUGCAUGGACUCAUGUCUACAAUGGUGCAUAGCGCAACAACAAACUCGUCAAGUCAGACAGCGACAUUGUCGCUUCCUGUAGGCACAAGUAGUGCUGGCUCUGAUCAGUCUGCAGUCAAAGCGUUGGAAAUACCUUCGUCUCUUCCCACAUUAACGCAGAGGCCUCCACUUGCCGACGAAGAUACGGUGGCAACCUCUAAUCUUGAAGUCUCACCACCGUCAGGGGUCUUGCCAGUCCAAAGAAACAGUGCUACGACCUCAACAUCACGAUCGCAGAGUCCAAUCAAUGACCAAGAAGUGGGCGCAGGCUCUGGCAAAUUACCACUGUUUUUCCGUUCAAGCUCAACGCCACCGGGUGCCACUGGUGGGAUAGACGAUGAGGAUUAUCGUAAUGAGGAGGACAUCCGUAUUUUCGGUCCUGCAAAGCCUUUAUCCGCAAAAGCUUUUGGGAAGAGAAAGAUACCACAUGUUGUCAUUCCGCCUCCGCCCAAGUGGGUUAAGGAUUUCAAAGUCAGAAAAGAGAGAAGACCAAACGAAGCGAUGUUUGAUGAGGCCGAUGAUAGUGAAGUAGAUGGCUUUGAGUCGCCGGCGCAGCAAGAAAUAGGUUCUCAGCGACAUGCUAGAAUACCUGUGCUAGAUCCCAAGGAAGAUGCCGCUAUUCAGGAAUGUAGCUCUAGACUGCGGGAACAUCCCUGUAAAUGGAAUGGUUGUGAUAGCAUUCUUAACUGUUCAGACAAGUUAUAUCUACACCUGCAAUACCAUGUUGAACAAAACAAGGCUGAGAAGUCGUUUCCGUGCCAUUGGCAACGUUGUGGACGCGUCCUUCUGCACAGACAUGAGAUGAUCUCGCAUCUUCAGACCCAUGCGUUCAUGCCACUGCAUUGCGCAUAUGAAAGUAUGAACUGUAUUCAAUGUCCGAGGCAUCAUCUGAUCAUCUGGAUACUUGCUACAGAUUGCGAGGAAACGUUUCGAACGGCGCGGCAAUAUUUGCAGCAUAGCCUCCAGAAACAUCAAAACGACAAGUUGAGACCGUCGGCUGAUCCGGUCAUGCUACAAGAAGACAUUGAGCUGCCAGAUGUCCCAAGCGUCGUUCCUUCGUAUAUGGCAGUAGCCAGAUCAGUGGCUCAAUAUCCCAUCUCGCCGGAACGACACCAGGUAAUCGGUCUUUGGACACUACAGAAUAUCUUCGGCAAGGUAGACUUGGCGCCGCAAAGGUACAAUCUUGCGAAGCCGUUUCGACCUGGCGAGGCGAGCGCAGUGGAGUUGCGGAGCCGACACGAAUACGAUUUCAUUGAGACGAAGCCACCGGUUUCUUCUUCCCCAUCUAGGUCUGCGAAAUGGGAGAGUGUGAAAGACCUCCCCGACCUCAACUCAGAGGAAGUCACGAAGAUGUUCAAGGAUAAAGGCCUUGUUUUGUGGGGAAAAGGAGGUGAUGAUGACCUCAUUGAUCAGACGACACAGGCAGGGAGUGAUGAAGAAGCAGUUGAAGUAUUGUUACAAGUGUAGAGCGGUGGUAUCUAACAGAUUGCUUAAUAAUGUGCUGGUACGUAACAGCGCAGCGGUCAUUUUGGCUACAUUCCUCCAGUGAACACAUCUCCUUUUGAUUGUUGAGAUCAUUUCAAGAACGCUUCAGUGUUGGUGUCCACAAGCGCGAUCA